UAAUUAUUGACUACUGGCGUUAUAUUUUUUUGACUUUCUAGUUUCUGAGAACCUUUAUUACAAAAUAUAUUCGGUCACUACAAACUGGCGAAGCGUCAUAUGUCAUAAGAGGCAAUGAGACAGUGUUAACCUUCAAUCCUGAUUUAAAACGGAUACAGAAUUAUUGAUAAAAUAUUUAAUUUUAAAUUAACAAUUAUGAUAUGAAUAUUUAAUGUCAUCGAAAAUUCCUGAUUUUAUUUUAAGUUGUUAAUUGAAUAUAUUGAAUAUCCGAUAUGAAAUUCGCUUACAACCAGAUCAGGUACAACAACUCUAUAUAGACGGAUGGUUUGUUGAGACACCGCGACGCGUGUCUCAUUCCCAUGCAUGGUUUUGCAGUUGGUAGUGUGUCGGUAUGGCGGGUGCGCCGUUCGCGGGGUUUCAGAUUACAGAAUAAGCAUCGUAACGUUUGUAUGAGACAUGUCUCGCGCACAUCGAUAAACGAUAGCCAUUUUAGUUGUUUGUUGUCCGUCAACCCGCACCCGUUCGGGCGUCGACAGUCGUUUUCCGUACUAUUGUAAUAUUUUGUUAUAAUAUUUUUGCUAUUCUGAUAAAUGAUAUUAAUACAUUGUACGUUGAUAAAAUGGAAUCGUCGACCGAUUUAAUCAACGACAUUAUAACCAAUGGUAUUAUGAGUUACUCUUACGAACAUAAAUUAGAGUUAAAAAAUAAAAGACCUACGCCCCUUUUAAAUUUGGAUGUGUUGGACGGUAAAACAAUUCGAAAGUUUCAGUUUUCGUGGUAUUCAAAGUAUGUUUGGCUUACCGGAAGUCAAACGAAAAAUAAACUAUUUUGUUAUUUUUGUUUACUGUUUAGAGGGGACAAAAAAUGGAGUAAUGAAGGUAUAACAGGAGUUAAAAACUUUGACCGUACAGCAAGUAAACAUGCAAUUUCUGAAAAACAUUUGCUUUGUCAAGAACAAUUUCAGUUGCUUGGACAAAAUCAAAUUGAUCUCAUUGCGUCAGAAGGAAAGCGUUUAGCGGCAUUGAAAUUUAAUGAACAAGUUGGGAAUAACCGUCGUAUAUUAUCGCGUUUAAUUCAAGUUGUAUGCUAUUUGGGAAAGCAAGAAUUUCCCUUAUGUGGACACGAUGAAAGUGCGACGUCAAUAAAUAAAGGUAAUUAUUUAGAACUGUUGAAUCUACUAUCGCAGGAAGAACAAUUGAUUAAGGAUUAUUUAUCGUCAAACUCAAGUUUUAAAGGAACAUCUCGUGAUAUUCAAAAUGAUUUAAUAUUGUGUAUCACAGAAGUUGUAAAUAUGCAAAUUAUGAACGAAUUAAAUAAAGCAAAAUUUGUUUCUGUUCAAGUAGACGAAACUACAGACGUAUCGUGUAAAUCGCAAAUUAGUAUUAUUUUUAGAUACGUAAUUGAUAACAACAUCGAAGAAAGAUUUAUUGGAUUUUUUGACGUUUCAAUAGAUAAAACUGCUUUAGAACUUUCAAAUAUUUUGUUAGAACAAAUACAAAAAUGGAAUAUAGGCAAUAAAAUUAUAUGUCAAACCUAUGAUGGAGCUGCCGUUAUGGCAGGAAAAGUAAUAAGCGUACCAGGUCUUAUUAAAAACACUUACCCUAAUGCCAUAUUUAUACAUAGUUGUGCUCAUCAACUGAAUUUGGUUUUUCUACAUGGAUCGAAAACAAUUAAAGCUGUUCGGUUAUUCAUAAGUGACCUAACAAUGUUUCACACCUUUUUUAGUUCUUCACCAAAACGAAGCGAACUUCUGCGAGAAAAGUGGUUUAAGCAAUCUGAAAAAUGUGAAAUUAGGUGGGAAAAUCAUUCUAGAGCAGCAGCUACAAUCAGUGCUAAUUUUACAGAAUUAAAAAAAAUAGCAUUAUGUGUUAUGGAAGAGGAAGACUGGGAUCCGAUGUCUAUUUGUUUGGCCAAUGGAUUGUUACACAAAUUAUCAAAUUUUAAGUUUGUUUAUUUAUUAUGCCUCUUCAACAAAAUAUCCAUGUUUUCGGAUCAUGUAUUUUUAACUCUCCAAACAAAAUGUACAGAAGAUGUACAAACUUGCAUAAAAGAAAUAAUAAAUAUGUCUACGCAGUUAACGUUUAUGAGAAAUGAAGAAACAGUUGUAAUGUGUAGUAAAUCUGCAGUAGAAUUGAAUAGUGAACUUCAGUACUCAGACAAAGAUGUUCAGAACUUAAAAUAUUUAACAUACGAAAUAUUAGAUUCAAUUAUAACACAAACUAAUGUUCGAUUUCAAGAUUUUGACAUUCUUCAAUUUCUAGAAAUAACAGAUAAUAAGGCAUUCAAGGAUUAUAAAAUUUGUUUUCCUGUUGAAAAGCUACUGCAACUUGAAAACAUUUUCCCCGGUGUUUUUGAUCAAGAAAGGCUAAAAAACGAAUUAACAAUUAUUUUCAAUAACCGUAGUAAAUAUCUUCCACCCAAGGAAUUGUUGAAUUAUAUUAUUAAAGCUGAUUUAAGAGAGGUGUACAAAGAAUUGACCAAAUUGUUACAUUUGAUAUUAUGCAUUCCUGUCACAACUGUUUCAAGUGAAAAGAAUAAUAGUGCAUUAAAACGAAUAAAGACAUUCUUAAGGAAUACCAUGACUCAUGAUCAGUUAACAAAUUUGUGUACUUUGGCUAUUGAGAAAAAAAUGUUGGACGAAUUAAUCAUUGACCCAACAUUUAUUGACAUAGUCAUAGAUUUAUUUUCAAAUAUUAAAAAUAGAAAUAUUGAUUUAAAAUACAAAGUAUUAUAAGUUGUAUUUUGUUGUGUCUUUAUAUUUUAUAAGU